GCCGAAUUGUCGUAAUUCGUAUGUGAAGUUUGUAGCAUGUGAUGUUUCGUGAAAAUUAGUGAUAAUUUUCAAUGAAUUUAAAAUACAAAUUAUGUGACUUAUGUGGUGUAAAUUAGUGUUAAGUUAAUUAUACUUGUGAUUGCAACUGAUUGUGUUUUAAGUGCGUAUCAUAUCUAAUCGUCCCUAUAAUAUUACAUGGAUAAGGCCGUCACUUGAGGGUGCUAAGAUAUGGAUUCACAUGUUAUGAAUAUGUACCAUCAAGCUCGAUACCGUUCAAUAGGACACAAGGAUAUGCAUAGAAUAAGUGAUUCACUAUCAUCAGAAAGUAGCUGCAAUCAGAAUAGCCCAGAGUAUUCACAAGAUACACACACAUCUAUACGAUAUGAUGAAGAUAAUCAUGAACCAGAGUAUUGGGAUCCACGAAGUAAGAAUCUGUGGAGCCAAAAUCAAAAGAUAAACAUUACACAUUCAAGUUGUCAAUCAAGUAUAGAUGAGGAUGAAAAUAUUGAUAUUUUAGAUAUAUCAGUUGAUGAAACGGAAAUAGAUUCUCCACAAAAAAUAGAAGCAGAAACUAUGGAGGAGGACUCCCUUAUAGAGGGUGCAGACUAUGAUGUUAUACAAGUAUUUGCAGUUGAUCCUGAUAUAGACCUUGAAGGCUCCACAGAUGAAGAAGACCAAGACGAAUCUUGUGAAGAUGUUAAGUGUGAAGAUGAAGGGGAGUUUUUAAGAAUUGAAGAUAAACCAAACUAUACAGAAAUAGAAAAUCAGUAUGUAUAUCAAAAUGUCCAAGAAGAGUCAAUACAUCAAACAAAUUUAGGUUUAUGUUUAGAUACCCCAGUAGUUUCAAAUGUCGAUGAAUAUUUCGUUAAAGAUAAUAAUCAAUAUAAAGACAUACUUGAAAUUAAAGAUGAACCAGUUGUUAAUGAUGUAGAUGAAUACUUUAUCAAAGGACCUUCUGUAUACGCGACUGACAUUUCCGGUAAUUUUCUGGCUGAGACAAAACCACCACAGGAAUCUGACUUCCGGAUACCAAAGGUUACCCCUAAUGUCGACGAAAUCUUUGCUGUUGAAGACAGUAGCAAAGAUCAACUUAAUGAUGUUAAACCUGACACUGACACUGAAGAUCCUAUCAGUGAGUCAGAUCUCGAGGUGCUACCUAAUAUAGAAGAUUUGAAAAGAUACCUUCUGGGAGAUAUGCCAUAUACAAAGUUAAAAAGCAUUCAAAGAUCAUGCUCAGUCCCUCAUUCACCUAUGCACAGUAUUGGUUUAGAUAUUGAUGCUAAAACAUGUUUAAGCUUUGAAGACCUAAAUUUAGAUUUGUCAGAUUUGUCAUAUGAAAAUGAUAAGAAUAAGUCUAACAAUAGUGGCAAGAGUGAUGAACUUCCUCAUACCUUAACAGAGGAAGAUAUCAAUAGUUUUUUAAUUAAACCCAAUGCUACAAAUGCAUCUGUUGAUAUUAAAGAUGAAAUGAGCCUGCAAGAAAUGGAUAUAGAUGGACUAGUUUGUAGUGACUCAAGGAAAGCCAAAUCAAAUCAUGUUGAACAAAAACCAAUGCUUAACAAAAGCGUACCUGUUAACGUAAUUGAGACUCCCUUAAAAUCGUCUAUUCUCGGCUUUUGUAUAGAAAAGCCGAAUAUUAAAAAAAUCUCUAAACUACGCACAGACCAUGACGAUUUUGUUGAUGUGGAAUCAUGUAAUGAAUCAGUGGUUCCAGUUUUGGAAGCUAAUAACUUAAACUCUUUAUUAGAACAAUUUGAAGCAACUGAAAAUUUUAAUAUAAACCCAAAAAUAUCGGUCAUCAGUAUAAAAGAUCCAAAAGCUAAGACCCAAUCAUCAUUAACUAAUGGUAUGAGAUUACAGGAUGCUGGAGUUCAAUUGAAUAAAACUAAAAUGAGGCAAAUAUUGAUGCCGUCAACAAUAAAUUCAACCGUAAGACGAUCUCCAAGUCCUGUCCAUUCGGACCAUGAUUAUUGUUCUACAAAAAAGAGACAUAGUCUGCCAAAUAUAAAAGGAGGUCAAAGUUUAUUGAAACCCGAAGUUUUAUCUAGCAAUAACAAGAUAUUAAAAUCUAGGCAUAGAUCGUGUAAAAACAAAAAAGUAGUGUACCAUCUCAGUAGUGACGAAGAAUGUGAAAAGUUAAAUGAAUCUAAGAAAAAUAAACUUUUAGUUAAUCGCAUUAGUGACGAUGAUUGUGAGAAGAGAAACGUAGUUAAACAAACUGUAAAAGCGACACCUAACUCUAAUCAUCGUAAAAAAGUAUCCCCAGUUCAUGGUGCGUUUGAUAGUUUUGAUAAAAGUAACGAUUCUGUGAUGGUGAAAAAUGCUUGUAAAGCAAGUGAUAAUGCAAGUAAUCAAGAUUGUAAUAGUAGCAUUAAGUUAACUAUUAAAAAUAAGUCUGAAGUUAUUUUAAAAAACGGUGAUUCUAAGGAGAAUCGUAGAAAAAUUAACGAAAAACAUAUGUCUGAUAGUGUGGAUUCUAAAUCUGUAAAAUCUAGUGUAUAUAAUUCAAACAAUCAUGUUGUAAUCUCCAAAGAAGAUGAAAAACCUAAAAAUAAAUCAAAUAAAAGUAAAUUCACUCCACAUAAUGAUUCUUUAGACGUAAAGACGGACAGUAAAGCUAAAGAAUCAGAGAAAUUAGAUGAUAGUUCAAGAACUACUUUAAGUAAUGAUCAUAUAAAAGACGGACCUAAAGACUUUUAUACAGCUUUGUUCAAUGAUAAGAAAGAUGUUCAAUUACCGCAAAACAUUGAAAUAAAGACUGAGAAAAGAACUCAUGAAGACGAGAAAAAGAUUACCCAUGAGCAAUUAGAUUCAAUUGAGCUUGAACAACCUCAAAAAAAGAAAAAAUUAAAUCUCCAAGAAUACAUGAUGCGUCGAGGAGCUAGUUCGAAUAACAGUUCUGCCCAAGUUAGCCCUGAAGCUAUAUUUCCUGAAACAUGUAUUGCCCUAGAUAAAUUUGACAAACCUAUGAUAAAUAAUAUACCUGUCAAUGAAGAAGGAUCAGUCAAGAAAACAGAGGAUUGUGUUGUACCGAAGAAAAUUUUUGACCCCAUAAGAGAAGCAUCUAGAAAAAUAUUAAUGAAUACAAAGAAACAAAAAGCUGAAGCUCUAAGAAAGAGAGAUGAAGACAUAGUUAUGAGUAAAAUACCCAAAGUUGAGAAUUUGGAAUUACAACCUUUAAUAAGCGAAGCAGAAAUGUUAAAAAUUGUUGGCAUGUCCGAAAAUCCUAUCAAACCAGUACUGACAGUUAAGGAACAACAACUUUCAAAAGACUACGAUGAAAUUAUACUAGUAAGUAUUGGCACGAACACCGAUGAGCUAAUUUUUAAACAAACUGAAGUUAUUUUGCAAAAACAUUCUAAGGAAAUCUCACCUCAAAAAGAAAUGAAAUCCACAAUCAACUUUAAAAUAAAAAAGACUGAUAAUGUUCUUAAACAAAACGUAUUUGAUUCAGUGAAAGGUAACUUGAUUUCUAAAGAUGAUAAAAAAGUAGAUACGAAAAUAGACCAAGAACGCUUUAAAGAUAUUGCGGCUACGUUAAAGAGCGUGGAAAAACAAGUAGAAACUAAAAUAAUGAGUAAUUCCCUAUUUGCAAGCAUUCAAGAUGUGAUUAUGAAAAAGGCCCCGAUCUCGACGCAAACAGUUAGUAAACAACUUCCAUCCAUUAGUAAGAAUGAAUUUAAGUUUAUCAAAACUGUUAUCAUCCGAGACUUUGACGAAAAGGCGGAACAUGGAGAAGAUAAAGUUAUACUUCACUUAGAGAAAAAUAGAACUAAACCUGAGAUGAGAGGUGCUAUAAUACAAACGCACUGUGUUCCGAAUAUUAGUAUCAAUAAAGAGUGUGUUAAAGAGAAAAUAUCGCCUAAAAAGGAAAAUAAUAAUGUGAAAGUCAAGUUGUCACCUAGAAAAAAUGACAAUACUGUCAAAGAAAAGUUGUCACCUGUGAAGGUAAAUAAAGAUAUUACAUCACUAUCGACAGUGACAAGUCCAGUAGGUAAAAACACAAAUAAUGCAACAAUUUUAAAGAAUUCUGAAGACAAGCUAAACGAUAGAGCCAAAUCUAAAGAGAAACGCUCUCAUUCUAAAGAACGCCAAGAGCGUCACGAAACAAAACAUCGGCGAUCUAGGUCUCACUACAAGAGUCGAAGAAGAUCGAGAAGUAGAAGUAGAUCACGUUCCAGAGCAAAAUCUAGACGAUAUAGAAGAUCAGGAUCAUAUCGAGGUAGACGACGUUCGCGGUCACGAUCACCGUAUAGAUCAAAUAGAGACAGAUCCGUAAAAAGAAAUUACCAUACUAAGAGAAGAUCAAGAUCAAGGUAUACAGAAAAGAAGUCAAAGACACCGAUACCUAAUAAGAAAAGUCCGCGACGCUCAAUUGAUAGAAAGUAUACAAAUACUAAAUCUUUAACGCCCACAUCAAGGAAAUCUACGACAUCUGAGAGCUCGGAUACAUCUACUUCAAGUUCAUCAUCUACUAGUAGUUCUUCAAGUUCCAGUACAUCAUCAGUAGUGUCAGACAGAUCUCGCCCUUAUCGACAGCCUGAUUCUAGAAGGGGAUGUAGAAAUUCCUCCAGCUCGGAAGAUCGGGAGACGAAUGCACUGGUGGAACAGAGAAGGAUAGUGUUCGUCGGAAGAUUGGAAGCCGAUUUAACUAAAGCAAAGUUUCGGAGUCAGUUCACGAGGUUUGGGCCUGUUACAGAAGUGAGAAUACACAAGAAAGAGGAUGGCUCCCGCUUUGGUUUCGUGACGUUUCUGCGUCCACGGGACGCGUGGUCUGCUGUCGAGGCCGGUUCAUCUUUUCCGCAGUACGACGUGGGUUUCGGUGGUCGAAGAGCAUUCUGCAGGCAGAGCUAUGCUGAUUUAGAUGGACUAGAGGUCAAAAAAUAUACGGAGGGCGUUUUCGGCGGCCAAGCGGCUACGAAUUUACCAUCGCACCGGGGCGACGAAAUUUCAUUCGAGCAAAUGUUGCUAGAUAUAAAAAAUAAACUUAACAAACGCAAAGGCGAAAAAGUGCAAGAAGGCGGCGAUUGACGUUUGCUCUUCUUUCAGUUGCGCGGUGGCCAUUUUGGAAUGUAUGUGAACUGGCUGUCAAUGUCAGUGUCAGUUGAUUUGCGGGAUUUUCAUUGCAAUCGCAUUUUGAGAGCAACAGAUUGAGACUAUCGAGGUCUUUGUCCAGAUAAGGCGUUUCAGCAUUGUAGGUGUUUCUAACCAAAAUAAUUAUCCUCAUAUUACACUUAUGGCUAUGAAACAUCAAUGUUGUAUGUAGGAAUGUCAGAAUUUACACCUGAAUACUUUGCAUGGUUGCAAAAUUUUGCUCACAGAGUACCUUUUUUUAUUGCAAUCUUCGACUGUUAUUUCUGUAAAUAUUAGCGUAGUCUUAAUUUCCUACCUCUAUGUAAAUUAAUAUAAUCUGGAUUAAUAUAAAAAAAUAUUGCUUUGCCUGAUGACGUCACCAAGCCACCAAAAUCAUAUUCUGUGGCGUAACUAUCUAGCAACACAGACUAGAGCAAUACGGUUUUUUAAAGGAGAUUUUUAUGUCGGUCUACAGCGGACCUUCCAUCCUCAAGUGAACCCGAUGGUUAUCAUUUGGCGAUGGCGUAGUGAUCACCUUCGAUCAUUACAUGAUUAAUAAGGGGGCCGAUCCAAGUUUAAGUAGAUAGUUCGUAGCUUCGUCUCCUACCGUUUGGAGUAUACUCGAAAAGAAAACGCACGUAUAGGAAAAUAUUUACGGCCUAACAAAUAAACAUGGUAUAAAGUUGUACCUGAGGAUAAACCAAGAAUAUGGAAAUUGUUUACGUAUAACGUUUCCCGCGUUUGUUUGCAAGCCUGCCUGACAUUCGGAAAACUUCAGAAUUAUCAUUGUAUUGAUAGAGUUGUGCGCGAUAUAGUCAACAUUAAUACUUUAUGCUGAGUUUAUUUGUAAAGCGGACAAUUUUCGCGGAUCAAAAACGCAACGUAUAUAGCUCUAUAUUUCACUCUAGCCUUUAGCUUUAGAUACAAUAACUUUCGAUCAAAUAAGGCAGAAUAUAUCAAAGAGAAAGUCAUAGUAUACCCUAGCGAGGAAUUUAAAAUUAUUCUGUAUUACAUCGACUACAACAUACUUAUACUAUGGCUGUAAGUUAUAUUUCGCCUGACUUAAAUCAUAAUUUUUUUGUAUCUGCUUUCAAUAAUAAUUUGAUAUUUUUUAAAUUGCACCAUAAUUUAGUGUGUCACCAUUUUGAUUAAUUAGUUUAAUUUGUUAAAAAAAUAAAAUAAAAAAGUUUGUUUUUGGAAAAUGCAUUCAAUAGAUACAAGCUGAAACUGAUUCACAACAGUCUGCCUAAGGCCUAACAUAUUAGGCCAAUAAUGAUUUUUCUAAUGUUGCUGGGUAGACCUGUAACCUAUGUGUAAAAAGUCGUUUUUAUUUUAAGUGUCAUUGUUGCUAAAAUUGAAAAAAAAAAAUCACACAGUUUUGUUAAUAAAGUAUAUUUUGUUAUGUUUAUGCAAUAAUCUUGUUAAUAUAAGUGUUUUAAGGUUCUAUUGCUUGUAGUUUCAGAGGCUAAGUUGUAAAUAUUUUCACUUAUAACCUUCAAGCUACAAAAAUAAGUUACCACUUGAAAAGGUCAAGAAAAUAAAUAAAAAUAAAAAGAACAGGUAAUAAAAUAAGUUAAUACGAGAAAAAAAAACAAAAUUUUAAUUAAGUAUAUAUAGGUUUAAAAUAUGUAAGUAAUAGAAAUUAUUUUGUUAUUUGAUAAUAAGUCCCGCUGAUCUUUCUCUUACAUUUAUAUUGAUUGCACGUCAUAUUUUUCACUUCGGACAAUAGUAAGAAAUUAUGAAGCUUCCAAUACGCGCGUGCCAAAAUCUGUUCCUAUUUGCUAAUAAAUUGCUGUAGUUAUAUUUAAAUCAAUAAGCUAAGAACGAUCCUAUCGUUAUUUCAACGCCUUUUAUUUUUAGAGUAUAUAACUAAGAGGAGACGGCAUUUUUAUUGAAAUUCGCAUUCAUAUGCAAAUUAAGAAGUUGCUGUCUAUUUCGCGUACCUACAUUAAAUAUAGAUUGAAGUUAUAUAGGUGUAGUUUAACAGUGUGCUAAACAUGUCGUUCACCUAUAUUAUGAAAACUUGGGAGAUGCUUAGGGAAGUGCGCAAUAGAUCCCAAAAACAAAUUUUCUAUUAAUAAAAUGAAGCAUAUUAUUAAUAAUAAUAUGUACGUUUUUGAAGGAACUUUCUUGGGUAACCACUCCUGGUUACCAAUCACCAUCAGGUUACUCGGGCACAGGUCGUAUUGUCGUUAUAGUUCUUAUAAUUCUGUAAAAAAAAACAUUGCGUGCGUACUAAGUGCAUAUGUCAGAAGUGAAACCUGCAUGGUGCAUGAACCUCUAAACUGCAUAUGAAUUCCUGGUACGUGUUGCUAGGAUGACACAUGAUUUCAACCGCUAUGAAAGACAUUCCUACCACCACUAAUAUAAUAUUAUGUUCUCCUCCUGGUGUCUAUGUAGUAAUACGUCGUGCGCUUGGAGUCAGAAUAUAUUAAUGUAUACUCGCGCCAUACUUAAGACAAUCUCUUCUUUAACUAUGAUCGCCUGGUACCAAAACAUUGUAUUAUGCUUCCUAUCUAAUUAUCUCCCAUGUUAAAUAUUAUGAAUUGAUGUGACUGCUCUUUUUACUGUCGCUUGCACUUCAAUAGUAUACAUAUUUCUGUCUCAUUCUUUGCCGGCUUCAUCCUACACAUUUUUGUAUUUGUGUCUCUUACCUGUCGUUUUUUCCGUUGCAUCUGGUUUGAAAUCACAACGAUUCUAAAGAAGUUUCACUUCAAAAGUGUUUUUGUGGCCAGAUUUUAGUGUGGACUAUGUUAUAGUCGCAACUCUGUCAAUACAAACACACGACUGUUAAGUGUUUUUCUCGACAUAUUGUAUCGAUUGUAGAAAAAUAUCGCAUAUCAUUAGGCCACUGCCGCGCCAGUAACAAAUGAUUUAUUUGCCACAAAUGCCGUCUCCUUUUGCGUUAAUACUCCAUGCUUUAAAUUAUUUUUAUAAACUGUACGAUAAGCUUAAGACAGAACUUUCAAUAGUUUAUCAUUCUGUAUGUUCGUUCCUCUAGUUAUUUUUGUCUUUUUCUAGAUUAUUAUAACCUAGUCAACGAAAUGAACGAUAUUAUUUCGAUGUGAUUGUAUUUAUUUUUAAUUAACGCUUUAUUAUAAAUUAACUUAAAUUGCAGUUAAAUUUAAUCAAGUUACUUCCGAUGAAGUUAGUUCAGUUGAACUUGAAAAGGAAAAUAGAUAGAUAUUUUUCAGAUAUUACAAACCUUUAUAACCACAAUUGUGUGGUAAUUGUUUCUUUUACUUUCAAAAAGUUUCUGGUAAAUCUAAAACGAUACCUGGUCCGUGUUGUUUCGCAUUAAAUUGCUGUAAAUAUUAUAUUUUUGUAUGUCAGUUUUUAUAGGUUUUUUAUAACAAUAGCUUGAAACCAGUGAAAUUCCAGUGAAUACAAUAUUGUAUUAAGAGGAAGGUGCCAAUUAAUGAUUAAUGAACAUUAAAAAAGGUAAAUAAAUAUUCUGCAAAAAUAUUAAUGUUGCAAACGGCAGCUAAGUAAAAAAUGAAUACGCACAAUUUUACAUUAUUAAGGCGCAGUAUGACAUUUAAGUUGAAAAUAAGCGCUUUUUAAAGUGAUAUCCCUCAGUUCUGGGAUUAAUUAAAUUAAAUUAUUAAUAACAAAAAUUUAUGAACGAUUAGAUUUGAAAAAGCGAUAAGUAUCUCAAGUCAAUUUCCUAGCAAUUAUUGGGGUUGAGCAGGUUAUGAACUGUAAAGUAGGACCUGUAGAUGAAGCCACAACCUGAGAGUUGAACGAGAUAUACCAAGAUUUACGAUUCAUGCGUCACUCGAACAGUUGGCUCAAUUGGUAAGAGUGCUCGGACGGAACCCGAGAAACGCGGGCUCGAGACCCGCAUCGUCCAUGAAUUUUGGUUACAAAUUAAAUUUGUAUUUAUAGUUAAAACAAGGUAGAUCGAUAAGUAUAUAAUUUACUCACUAUAGCUUACUUUCCAACGGGGGACAUCGGUUCAUAAUUAUAAAGAAAUAAAUUUGUAUCAAACCUAACUUGUGCAGAUGUGGCAACGCAAAUCUUCCACUUAUCGCGAAAAUGUGGGCGCAGCAUAAGUUAAAACCAUUUUGAAAAAAUAGUUAUGCGAUAUGCGGAUGUGGCAUCCGCGUUUACCGCAAAUAUACACUGUGCUGGUCAUUCAAUGCCAAUGACAGAUCCAAUCUUUUUUUUUAUAGAUAUUUAGUUGCGAUCCAGUUUUCAGUCAUUAUAUAAAUACAUUAAAAUUUUGUGAAAUAAAUGUUCGUGUGUAGAUCUCUGUUGUAAAAGACACUACUAAGGCCAACGAGACAAGAUAAAGAAUGUAAACAAACAGACCGUUACUGAGUUACAUUAUACUGAGUUAUUCAGGCUGAUUUUUUGAGAAGGGCGGUGAUGGCCAAGUCGGAAUCUACGAACGAGUCUUAGAGAAUAUUCGUGAAAGGAGUCAUGCCCUCGAUUUAUAAUAAAACAAUAACUGCAUAUUUUUUUAUUAUUCUUGAACUUAUGACGGAAAUCAACCCGAAUGAUUUUUCAAAAAAAAAAUACAUCCUGUAUUAUUGAACCAAUAGACUCUAUAUAUAUAUAUAUAUAUAUAUAAUAAUUUAAUAUUGACACACUUUUACACAAAUUAUCUUGCCCCAAACUAGACAUAGCCUGUACUAUGGGUACAAGACAACGAUAUAUUUAAUACAAUAUACUUACUUAAACAUACAUAAUACAUAACAUACUCUGUUGCUGAUAAGGAUCAAACUUUGGAAAGAUAUGUAUUUAUUUGUUACUGUUAUAUUUCUAGCUUAUUUUAUUUAGCUUAUAUUUUUAGCACACACAUGUUACGUUAAAAUCAAGAAAUUGUAAAACGAAAUAUGCAGUUACUGUUUUCUUAUAAAUCGAGGGCAUGACUCCUUUCAGGUUUUUUCUCAAAUAUUCGUAGUUUUCGACUGUCUGUAUUGUCAUAAAUACGGUUGAUUCGGACUCAUGCGACGCAUCAUCGUUGUCUAAUAUAGACAACAACGAUUAGAAUAGAGAAUCCAUAAUUUGUAUAUAAAAUAAAAUUGUAUAUAAUUUAUUAAAAUAAAAAUGUUUUGAACCACUGAAACUUUGUUUACAUUAUUUAUGUCGUCUCGUUGGCCUUACUAUAGAUGUAUUUAAUUAUACUACGUCAAUCGUUCCAUCAGACAAUAUUUUUUUCUUAUAGUCUCCAAAUUUCUACGCGGAAAUUAACCGGUGUGCGAAAUGAAUGUGGUUAAACACAUUUUAAUUGCGACAUUUCAAUUAUGAUUUUUGAUGGAUGACAUCGCUUCAGAUCGUAUAUAUACUAAAUAUAUUUUAAUAGACAUUGCUUAUCUAAUAAAAAACUUUUUCAAAUAUAAUAUAUUAUUCUAGGCAGCACCAAAGUAGUUAUAAUAAUUUAUUCAACUACCCACCCCAGUGUCCAAAUUUAUCAACUUACAAUGGCAUUUAUCUGCAACUAUUUCAAUUGUUGGAAUCACUUUAUCGAGCUUAAAUUAGACUUAGAUAUAAAUUGUUGUAUACGUAUACUCUCUUAUUGUUAUUAAGUGCGAUGAUUAGAUCUGUAACUACCCUCAAUUCAUCGAUAAAUAUUUCUUCUCUCUCCCUAUUUUAAAAGCAUCUUCGAGUGAAUUUGGCUAUUUCUUAUAAUAUCAAAUUUCAUUUCGAGAAAUACUAUAUCUAAAAUAGUCGACUUAGAAAAUGAAGGGUUAACCUUAAUUAAAAUCCUGGUGCAGACAAAUACAUUUAGAAUUAUCGAGGCGUGACGCGUGUAUGACACAUUUAAAUUAAAUACUUUAAGGCUGGGAUGCACCAAAUAACUUUAGCAAUAACAAACAUGUUAUAGCAAAAAAAGAGUUGCACCAUUUGACAAUUUUAAGAUGACUAACCUAACCUUUAACUGUUAAUCGAAACCGUCCAAUCUUCGCCGGUUAAAGCUAUUGUUAAUGUUAAAUAGCUAAAUAUCGACCUGUCAAAAGUUUCAAAUAAAUAUUCGAUAUUGACUUGAUAUUUCACUUUUUAACUUUAACUAUGCCCAGGAGUACGAUGGUGCAACACAUUCUGCAGUCUGUGUAAAAGUCAGCGUUACCGUUAACGUUAAAUUUUACUUAAACCUAAACUAUAACAGCUAAUAUGAUGAAAUCCAGCCUAAUUUAGUUAGAACCCCUAGUUUAAGAUAAUUUGGGAUCCAAUGUAGACUAUUGUUCGAUCCUGAAUCUUCAAUUCAAUAUUUCAAUCAUAAUUUCUUUAACCAUAGAGUCUGGUCAGCGAUAUUCGGCACUGAAGAAAGGCGGCAAAUUUAAAAUAAUCAAAGUGAAUUAAAAUUACUGCAAGAAAAUUGUAAUCACUUAUGUUGAUACUUGAUAAUUAUUUAUGUAAUUAUAAUACACUGACCCGGCAAACGUUUUGUCAUAUGUAAGGAUUUUUUUAAAGCUGAAUUUUUACAAAAAACAUACAGCUGUGAACAUACAAUAAUGUUUGACAUCAGUUAUCAUUUAAAACGAAAGUAAUUAAGCCUUUACAUCAUAGGUAGUGCUUCUAAUAAUUAAUAAAAAUAAUUUAUUUUAUUUUAAUUGUCUUGUAAAUUUUUUCUUACUGUUGUUUUUCGUUCGACUUGUCAAUCUUACAAAACAGCAAUCUGACGUACUUCACUUUUAAUUGAUGUAUUCAUUUUUAGAUAGAUUGUUAUGUAAAGUCGAAAAAAAAAUCACAACUAAACACAGAAAUCCACAUGGCCACAACUAUCACCAUCUUGUUUAUCAAAGUGUCCUGCACGAUGUUAGUGAGUUGACUAUAGCCCUUUCCAGUGCCAACUUUCGUUAGCUAGACUGGUAUGGAACACCAAAGACAUUCUAAGAACGUCAUUGUAGAACACGAUAGAUAAACUAUCACCUUAGUGCUGAUAAAAUUUUUAAAGUACUAAUAUGUCAUAUCAUUGAUGGCAAAGAGAUCAAAAACACAUUAAGAAGUGGAUUAAAUUAUAAGCUUCGGCUUGCUGAUUAAGGAUAAAGAGCACUAGAUUAAAAUUAGAAAUUGGCUCUUGAAAUCAUAUCAUCAUUAAGGUGCAGCAGGGUAAGACCGUAUACAGUGUAAGUCCGGAUAUAGGGUAACUCCGGAUAACACAAAGGUUUUAACUUUCUCAGAUGGCAACGAAGCAUGAAACGUAUUUUUUUCUGCCCCUCGGUUUUGAUCCUCGCCUCUAUCGACGCGAUGCGCUGGAUGUGUGUGAUAUGACAGAUAAACGACUGAAUCCGUACGUACCCUGUAUCCCAACUUACACUAUAUCCCAACUUACCCUAUAUCCCGAGCUUACUCUGUAUCCCAAAAUACCCUGACGCACUAUAUUGAAAUUUCAUAAAACAGCAUGAUCCAAGGCUAAUAAUAAUUAAACUGCAAGUAUCUAUCUUUCUGAUGCUAUACAAUUUUGGCAGCACGAGUGAAAGUUAACGAGUGCUGUCUACCCAUAUAUUGAUAAAUUUUAUCAAAUAUCGGCCAUUGUUUUUUGUAUAGGGCAGAUUUAUGAUUAAAAGCUAUAGUUUUUUAUUGACACUUAAAAAUUGUGUUACGAAUGCUGUAAAAUUAUUAAUAUUUAAAUGUGUCUCAUCAUUAAAACGUUAUUGUCGGCAAAUUAAUAUAUGCAGGAGUUGGCCAGUAAAUGGCGUUUUUGCUUCCAAAGCAAAGCAUGAUAAAUAUUAGGAGUACAUUUUAAAUUGUUUAGGUGUCUAUGAAAAUGUAGAGAUUGAUGUGAACGAAUUAAGUGUACAGACAUAAUAGUACGUUAGCUGUAGUAGUGUACAUUUGAAAGUCCAAUUUUAAAUUGAUUUAUUAGUCUUAGGUUUUAAUUAAAAUGGCGGAGAGAAAGUUUUAUACGUAUGUUGUUGAAAUAAAGUAUUUUGAACA